AUGGUCAACCACACUGCGAUGAAGGAAUUCCUCCUGCUGGGAUUCUCGGAGGUCCGGGAGCUGCAGCUUGUCCAGGCCGCACUGUUCCUCCUUGUCUAUCUGGUGGCUCUGAUGGGGAAUCUCCUCAUCGUCGUCGUCACUGACCUCGACCAGCGCCUCCACACCCCCAUGUACUUCUUCCUCAGGAACCUGUCCGUCUUCGACCUCUGCUACAUCUCUGUAACCGUCCUCAAAUCCAUCCACAACUCCUUGACGGACCGUAGAUCCAUUUCCUUCCUGGGCUGUGCCGCCCAGGUCUUCUCGGUGGUCCUGUUUGAAACCUCAGAGGUGUUCCUCCUCACGGCGAUGUCCUACGACCGCUACGCUGCCAUCUGCUUCCCCCUGCGCUAUGAGGUCAUCAUGGGCCGAGGAGGCUGUGGGAAGAUGACCGCCGCCUCAUGGCUCAGCGGGGGGCUUGAACGGAGGUAUCCACACUGCGUGACUUUCUCCCUCCUCUUCUGUGACACCAACGCCACCCGUCAGUUCUUCUGCGACAUCCCCUCCCUCAUCCGGCUCUCCUGUUCCAGAAGCUACAUUGACGAGAUCGCCGUUCUGGGCCUCAGCGUGUUUCUGUGCCUCGGUUGUUUCGUCUGCAUCGUCGUCUCAUAUGCGUGCAUCUUCCGGGCUGUGCUGAGGAUGCCAGCCGCCGAGGGCCGGGCCAAAGCCUUCUCCACCUGCUUGCCUCACCUCGUCGUCGUCAUUUUGUUUCUCUCUACCUCCUUCUCUGCCCAUCUCAAACCUCCCUCAGACACGCCCUCGACGCUGAACCUGCUGUUGUCCGUGUUCUACACCGUGGUGCCCCCCCCCCCGAACCCCCUCAUCUACAGCCUGAGGAACCGGGACAUGAAGGCCGUUCUGGGGAGAGUCCUGAGGUGGAAAUUUUUCACGUACAAUGGAAUCCCUCUAGUCUGUUCAAAAUUGGAACAUCAGCAUUGA